AUGGUCAACUCUGGCAUUGCACUUCUGGCUCUGGCUGGGCCAGCCUUGGGUGGCAUUGUGCCAAACAAGGGCAAUGACGAGGGUCAUUCUGGUUACCCUGGUCACACCCCUCCCACCAAGUGGCCAGCCACUGCUGAGCCUCACUGGGUCACCAGGACGGCAACGUACUUGACCACAACCUGCCCAGUUUCCCACACGAAAGUCACUUCUGGAACCAAGACUUUGACUAUUCCUAUCACUCUGACUAGUACAAUCACUGUGACUACCACUACCGUUGAGGACUCGAACACCGAGACUCGAGUGGUCGUGCCCACUGGAACUGUGCCUAACCAUCCUCUGGUUCCGACUUCUGUCCCGACUUCUGUCCCGACUUCUGUCCCGACUUCUGUCCCAACUCAAAACGCGACUUCAAUCCCGACUUUUGUCCCGACUCAAAACGCGACUUCUGUCCCGACUUCAGUCCCGACUCAAAACGCGACUACUAUUGUGCCACCUCCAAAGGUUGUCCCAACGGGUGUCCCCGGCCAGAACACUACUGUUGUCCCACCCCCCAGGCCCGCUCCUUUCACCAACAGCACUGUUCCUCCCCCUGUGCAGCCAGUUCCUGUUGCCCCUGGACAGCCUACAGCUCCUAGCCAGCCUUCUGUCCCUGGUCAGCCCUCUGUUCCUGGCCAGCCUUCUGUCCCUGGUCAGCCCUCUGUUCCAGGCCAGCCUUCUGUUCCUGGCCAGCCCUCUGUUCCCGGCCAGCCUUCUGUUCCCGGCCAGCCCUCCGUUCCCGGCCAGCCUUCUGUUCCCGGCCAGCCCUCUGUUCCCGGCCAGCCCUCUGUUCCCGGCCAGCCUUCUGCUCCCGGCCAGCCUUCUGCUCCCGGCCAGCCUUCUGUUCCUGGCCAGCCUUCUGUUCCCGGCCAGCCCUCUGUUCCCGGCCAGCCUUCUGUUCCUGGCCAGCCCUCCGUUCCCGGCCAGCCUUCUGCUCCCGGCCAGCCUUCUGUUCCUGGCCAGCCUUCUGUUCCCGGCCAGCCCUCUGUUCCCGGCCAGCCUUCUGUUCCUGGCCAGCCCUCCGUUCCCGGCCAGCCUUCUGUCCCUGGUCAGCCCUCUGCGCCUGAGCAGCCUUCUGUUCCUGGCCAGCCCUCUGUGCCUGAGCAGCCCUCUGCUCCUGAGCAGCCCUCUGUUCCUGGUCAACCCACUGCCGUCUCGCCGCCGCCAGCUGAGACUGCUCUCACUGGCUCUGCUUCCCAGUUCGAGCCUGCCGCCGGUCUCCUGGCUGGUAUCUGGGUUGUCAUGCUCAUGCUUUAG